CGUCACCAUUGUUUACUUUUAGCGAAGCCACGCCCUCUGUUAGCAACUUGUGGCUAGCCGCCGCCAACGAAGCCACUCCGAGGUUCCUUCUACCGACACCGCACCGAGUCCAACCGAGUCUACGCGUACACUAGCUGGUCAGUGAAGUCCAGAUGCACGAGUCUGGGUCAGAACCAACGAGCCACGCCAUUCCAGCUGUUAGGACACAGAACGGGAAAAAUGCUGAGAAUGACAGUCGACUGAGGAGCGGCCAUACUCCUCCCCCAGAGUCACCCAGGGUUCCAACUUCGUCAUCCAUGAUGACCCCACCGGCCGAGGCUCCGCAGCAGCUACAGCAGCAGGCGGCGCAGCAGCAAGUCCUCAGCCCUCAGCAGAUCCAAGCUCUCUUCCAGCAGCAGAAGGCCCUCAUGCUGCACCAGGUACUGUGCCUGGGAGGCACUUUUCUGUCUUUACUGGGUGUCACCUUUCUGUUGGGUCUAACUCAUGUUUUAUCAACAUGUCUGCAGCAACAAAUUCAAGAGGUCUUCAAGAACCAGCAAGAGCAGCUAAAUAUGCAGCUGCUCCAACAGAAGAAUGCUGGGAUCGUUAGCCAGGAGCUUACAGCACAGCAGAUUGCCAUUCAGCAGCAGCUUCUUCAGGUACAGCAGCAGCAUCUGCUCAACCUGCAGAGGCAAGGCCUGCUCUCGGUGCUCCCCACCACCCCAGCCGGCUGUGAGAAUGGCAGCGGCGUGUUAUCCACGGGCGGGGACUCCAAAGAGUCGUCCAAUCAGCAGUCUCCGUCAAACGGCCAUCCUGCUUUCCUGAAGAGGAAGGAAAGCGGCUCGCUGGAUGAAAACCCAACAAGUAGCCACCCUCUCUAUGGGAACGGCAUGUGCAAAUGGCCUGGCUGUGAGACCGUCUUUGGAGACUUUCAGGCAUUUCUCAAGCAUUUGAACAGUGAACACACACUUGAUGACAAGAGCACUGCACAGUGUCGCGUGCAGAUGCAAGUGGUGCAGCAGCUGGAAUUACAGCUAAAGAAAGACAAAGAGCGACUUCAAGCAAUGAUGGCUCAUCUGAAGUCGUCAGAGCCCAAAGCUGCAGCUCAGCCCGCGAACCUUGUGCCUAGCAUGUCCUUCUCCCAGGCAAUGCCACACAAAGGUCCCCACAUGAGCUUGUCCCAGAGCGCCACAGCGCCGUCCACACCCUUGACGCCACUUUCUGAAUCCCCCUCAGUCCUCACUCCUAAUGGCGGCUUCAACGGAACGCCUGUACGUAGACGGUACAGCCGCUCCGUCAGCCAAGAUAUUGUUGAUAAUAAGGAGUUCUACUUGAGCACAGAAGUUAGACCGCCAUUUACAUAUGCAUCUCUCAUACGACAGGCAAUAUACGAGUCACCGCGCAAUCAGUUAACUUUAAAUGAAAUCUACAACUGGUUCACAAGAAACUUUGCCUAUUUUCGACGCAACGCAGCCACAUGGAAGAAUGCUGUCAGACACAACCUGAGCCUCCAUAAGUGCUUUGUACGCCUGGAGAAUGUGAAGGGAGCCGUGUGGACAGUCGACGAGAUCGAGUUCCACAGAAGAAGGCCCCAGAAGGCUGCCGGUAAUGGAUCUCUCUUGAAAAACAGACAGAGUUUAGCUGGGUCUGCGUCCCAGGUUGGAUGUCUAGACUAUAACUCCUUCUUCAACCCGGGUGCGAUGGGCAGCAUCCCAUUGCAUUCCCUACCCCACAUCCUCCAAGAGCAGAUGAAUGGUGCCCUCGCCAAUGGGUCCGGCUACCAAAGCGACAGCAGUGCGACGCAAUCGCCUCCGCAAGCUUUCAUCAAAGAGGAGCAGGAGGAUGAGGAAAUCUGUGAAAAUUACCCUUACGAAUCUCCCGCGAGCACAGAUGAGCACGGCCACAGCCCCGAGAUGAGCCGCGAUGAAGACAACGGCAGCCCGGAGAGGCUUCGUUUGGACCGCGUGCCCUCUCUCUGACCUCGAGGUCCAUGAUCUCUGACUUCAUAUUCCAAAAGAGUCCAAAAGCAACUGUUUCAUCUACAUAACCAAACACACUCUUGUUGUUCUUUUAUUAUUUAUCAGUAUUUUUGGUUCUUUUAAUCUAGUUUUUGAUUCUGUACAGUCAAGUGAGGUCACGUGAAACUGUCUUUUCAUGGUUGAUAUUUUUUUAAACACAAGCAUGAGGAGCAGAGAAGCCAAAGGAAAGGGAACACUGAUAGGGAGCACUUCACAAUUAAACGAAGAAAAAAAAAACACUAGUUGUUUUUGAUUUUAGUCAUAUUAUAUAUGCAUUUGUAGAGAGAUGAUUCCUGAUAUGUUCACUGCCUACGUGAUCGCAUAUAUUUGUAUGUAAAGAUCUCAUCAGGUGAUUAAAAAAACAGAAUUGUCUUUAUACGUGUUGGUAUUUUUCACCCCCACCACAAACAUUGCUGAAUUUUCUCAAAUUGAGCAUGUAAGAGUAGAUGCUAUAGACUUACCUUUUAUUGUAAACCAACUCUAUGAAAAAUAAAUUCAUCAUGGUAA